CCUCUCUUGACGCCGAUGCUUAAUAACAAACAUUAUUCAUAAUCUCACACUCUUCCUACCUAUAUAUAUGCGUGACAUUCCACAAAAUAAAGGUUCAUCUAAUACUAUACAUUCCCCUUAAAAAAAGUUAAAUUAAAUAUAUCCAUCAUACAAUGGAAUUGGGAGAUGUUCAAGAAUUUUUUGCAGGAAAGACCAUUUUAGUUACUGGUGUAACGGGAUUCCUAGGAAAAGUUUUUGUGGAGAAGAUGUUAAGGGUUCAACCGGACAUAAAAAAGUUAUAUCUUCUUAUUAGAUCACCAAAUAUUGGUUUAGCUACACAACGCUUGCAUGUUGAGGUCUUUAGGAAGGAAUUGUUCAAGGUGCAAAGAGCUGAAAAGGGUGCAGAUUUUGACUCUUUUAUAUCCGAGAAAGUGGUUGCUGUUGUUGGUGAUGUAUCUCUAGAAAUGUUGGGAGUAAAAGAUGUGAAAAGGAAUGAGGAGAUGUUGAAAGAGAUUGAUAUAAUAGUUCAUUCUGCUGCCACAACCAAGCUUGAUGAUAGAUUCGAUACUGCAAUGGCUACGAAUACGAUGGGAGCUCUUAAUGUAUUGGACUAUGCAAAAAAUUGUCGUAAGCUAGAGAUUCUUCUUUAUGUAUCAACCGCUUAUGUAUGUGGGGAGCCUAAAGGACUCGUAAUAGAGAAACCCUUCUUUAUGGGUCAAACACUAAAAGGAGGGUCUUUAAAGUUGGACAUCAAACUAGAAAAGAAGUUAAUAGAGGAAAAAAUAAGUGAACUCAAAGCAGAAAAUGCUAAUGAAGAGACUAUCAACUCGGUAAUGAAAAACUUUGGAAUGAUAAGGGCUAAUUUGCAUGGAUGGCCAAACACCUAUGUAUUUACAAAAGCAAUGGGAGAAAUGCUUGUAGCAAAUAUGAAAGAUAAUCUACCUUUGAUCAUUAUACGUCCUACUAUAGUAAUUAGUACUCACUCUGAACCCUUUCCUGGUUGGAUUGAAGAAGUGAGAACUAUGGAUUACGUGGUUGAUAAGUAUGGUAAGGGAACAAUUAGGAGCUUUGUUGGUGUUCCAGAGACGGUAGUAGAUGUGAUUCCUGCGGACAUGGUGGUAAAUUCGAUGAUAAUAGCAUCCGUGGCUCGUAGUAAGAAUCUUUGCAGGAGUUUGAUCUACCAUAUUGGCUCUUCGUCCAGAAAUCCAUUCAAAUAUUCUGAUUUAAUAGAUGACAUGCAUUGCUAUUUUACAAAAAAUCCAUGGAUAAAUAAAAAUGACAGACCGGUACAUGUCGAAAAAAAAUUAACGUUGUUCUCGACAAGGAUGGAUGAGUUUGACAAAAACAAGGGCACAAAGAUGGAAACCGCGAUAGAGCUUUAUAGACCUUAUGGUCUCUUUGAGGGCAUCUUUGAUGACCAGAAUGUGGAAAAGCUACGAAUGGUAGCAAAGAGAGUUGUAGACACGACAUUUAACUUUGAUCCCAAAAAUAUUGUUUGGAAGGACUACAUGAUGAAUGUUCAUUUUCCGGGUAUUGUGAAGCACUCUAUGCGAAGUAAGAUGUAAUAUGAGUCAGGAGCAUGCAAUUAUAUCAUAUCAUAUCUCAUUUACCAACAAAAACUGAAGUCACAUGAAUCAACGAUGAUAAAAAAAAUAUAUGGAAUAGAAAAUAAAAAUGAUGCUAUGUUUCUUUCAUAGAAAAUUAUUAUCAAUUUGUUUACAUUCGUGUUGUUGGUCAUUGUAUUGUACUUU